GGCGCCACCAUGACAGGCGGCUUCUGCGUCCCGGUACUCCUGGCCGCCUGGCUCGCGGCGGCAGCGGCUGAGGGCCUCGAGCAGGCCGCGCUGCCGGCAGAGGAGAGCCGUGUGCAGCCCAUGACCGCCUCCAACUGGACGCUGGUGAUGGAGGGCGAGUGGAUGCUGAAAUUUUAUGCUCCGUGGUGUCCAUCCUGCCAGCAGACUGAUUCUGAAUGGGAGACUUUUGCAAAGAAUGGAGAAACACUUCAGAUCAGUGUGGGGAAGGUGGAUGUCAUUCAAGAACCAGGUUUGAGUGGCCGCUUCUUUGUCACCACUCUCCCAGCAUUUUUUCAUGCAAAAGAUGGAAUAUUCCGCCGUUACCGUGGUCCAGGAAUCUAUGAAGAUUUACAGAAUUACAUAUUAGAGAAGAAAUGGCAAUCAGUUGAGCCACUUACUGGCUGGAAGUCCCCAGCCUCUCUAACGAUGUCUGGAAUGGCUGGUCUUUUUAGCAUCUCUGGCAAGAUUUGGCACCUUCACAACUAUUUCACAGUGACACUUGGAAUUCCUGCAUGGUGUUCUUACGUUUUUUUCGUCAUUGCCACUUUGGUGUUUGGCCUGUUCAUGGGUCUGAUCCUGGUGGUGAUCUCAGAAUGCUUCUAUGUGCCUCUUCCAAGAGCUUCCUCUGAACGCUGUGAGCAGGAGCAGAGGCCCGAGGGGGCUCAAGGAGCUGAGCAGCUACAGGAUGCAGAAGAAGAAAAGGAUGACUCAAAUGAAGAAGAAAACAAAGACAGUCUUGUGGAUGAUGAGGAAGAGAAAGAGGACCUUGGAGAUGAGGAUGAGGCAGAAGAUGAUGAGGAAGAGGACAACUUGGCAGGCAUCAUGGAUGAGGAGAGAUGUGACACCAAUGAGCAAGGAGUUGUGAAGGAGGGUAGUGUGUCCCCGAAGGAUGAUGAAGCUCAUCCAGCUGACACUCAGGAGGUGGUGGAAGACUCCUUGAGGCAGCGCAAGAGUCAGAAUGCCAACAAGGGAUCAUAGGUUACAUUAUGCCAUUUCUAAAAAAAUACAGGCCAAAAAAAAAGAAGUCUGUUUCCCUCUGGUCUGCAGUUUAAGCCAAAUCCUUAGUUGUUUGUUUGUUUUGUAUUGUUUUGUUUUUAUGAAUGAGCAAUGUUCACUUUUAAAAGAUGAUCUCUGGACCUGUGGUUACAUGGUAGUAAGCCUCAGUGUCCUAAAGAGACUCAGGUGUAGCAUUUAGCCACCAUAGUGUUAGGAUCUUUGUGGGGACUUGUGGAGAACAAGUUGAUGUGCUUGGGAGCCAGUGAGUAAAUCAGAGAACUCCUCUGCAGUUCUCAUUAGCACCUUAGAAAUGAGGCUGUUGCUUUAUAAAGUGAGAGCGAAACCGCAGCCCUCCAGAGCAUUCUUGAAGUAUAGGAAGUCUUUGCCUUCGUUGUUAAGCAUGUGUUUUAGUCAUGUCAGAACACAUGUACACUGCUACCCAGAACUGUCUUGGGGCUAGAAGUUGUAAAGACCUGUAUAUAGAUACAGCUUCAAGGUGGAGCUAGGGAGUCAUCUAAGCUCCCUUGGUCCGUGUUGUCUUUUGUUUCCUACCUUGAAUCUCUAUGACUUUUCUUCUUUGAGUUUACAGACUCCCACAUUUCACAGCUGCUCUGUAGUGAGAAGAGCAGACAGCAGUGGUCUGCAUGGGUUACCCUUAUUUGAAGUAAAGCUUGUAAUCAGUAACCACAGCUGAUGAGGCUAAGACUGCCACUCAUCUCAAAGACAUGCUGUACUCUCUGCAAAGGUAGUGGUGGUUUCAUAGGGCAGGGAUAAACAACAUCUUCUUCAAGAGUUUCUUCAGCCACAUUCUUUGUUUUUUUUUCUGAACCCAAAGCACUCUAAGUUUUGUCAGUAUAAGGUAGUUUUAUAAAGCUGACUUCAUAUCUGUGGUGUUUAGUUUCUAUCUCAAGGAACCUCUCUGGAACCACUUUAAUAACAACUGAAAAGGUAUGUCUGCUUUGCCUUUAGUGAUGUGCUUUUGGUGAAAAAAAAUUAAUGAAAGUCAAUAUCAAGAGGUGAACGAUUUGAUUUGUUUCUGUCUCCCUUAAUCCUCUAGACAAUUGUAUGAUCAUAAAUCUCUCUCUGCUCAAUCCAAUAUCAGUAUCAAGGAACGCAGCUUCCUUAAAAAAAAACCCUCCAUCUCCUCUCUUACCCUCUCAUGUCUGAGAAUAAAUACAUAAAAUUAGAUUCUAGCUAUAUGAAAGCUACGAGACUAAAGUCAAUCAGUUUCCCCUAGGGUUGAGUCAGAAUAAUGAGUACAGGUUUGUGAAAUUAAAAAUGUUUCAUCAAUUUAAAAAGAGAUAUGUAGUGUAUUUCUCUGGCUGCUUAGAUAACCUUUUCUGUGCAUUACCUGCCAACAGAAGGGUCAUUGGUAAUGGAGGUUCAGAAUCUGCCCUCCUGUACUGCACAAGGCUGCUACACAUCUUGCACAAAGGAAGACUUUAUUGUGACAAUCCAUUCUUUAUAAAUGUUUUUAUUUCAUCUUUGUAACUUAGUUAACUACCAGUUCAAGGCUGAGGCCAUCACAGAACUGGAGAUCUUACUGCCCUUCCAUGUUUCUGCCCUUCUGAUACAUCCUUAACUCAAAAGUGCCAUGGUUCUGUGGUACCUAUUCAUCUUCCUGCUAGAGCUGAGCUGCACAUUCUCUUCUGCCAGUGUAUUUCCUUCUUUCCCUUGUAAUCAGAUGCAUGGAGUGUUCAAGAAAUAGUACAUCUAAGUUGAGAGUAGUGGGAAAGGGAUGGCUUGCGUCUCUAUUCUGUGAAGUACUCUCCUCUGCAGUGACAUACUGGGUUUUCAUGGGGUAUUUGACCAGAGGGCAAGCUUGAAGGCUUAUAAUCUGCCUUGGCUUUGAUAAGUGUUUUAAAACUAGGUUCCAAUUGGGCCAAAAAUACUAUCUAAUAGGAUAAUGAGAAAAUAUAUUUUCUUUCUUAGUAAUACUUAGUAAAAGAUAUUGGAGGCAUGGAGAAAAAGUCAUGGAGAAGAGGGUCUAGUCCACUAAAAUUAUAUUUACUUGUAGGAAUCAUUUUUUCCUAGCUUUUCUGUUUUUAACAUCCUGGCAAAAAUUGGAUUUCUAGUAAAUAGUCCAAGAACUUAAUUUCUUUCCAUUUGAAGCCUUUAGGUUUAUUUUCAAUAUUUUGUUAAUAUAAAAUUAAAGGAAAAAUCAACUUAAGAUUAGAUAAACAUUUAAUACUACUUCUUUUUUUGUGUACAUAAUAAAUUUAAUCCAGAAGUUAAGUGCAUGGAAACAUGAUUUUAUAAAACCAAAACUACAAUGCUUCUCCUCUAUUGCCAUACAUGCUAUUUAAUUGUAGAUUGCUAUUUUCUGUAUGUUAAAAUCGGGUGAAUGAGAUAGCAAUUGUAGAAUGAGGGUGUAUAGUGCUUUAUGGACAGGUAGUUAGAGAAAGGUGCCUUGUUCUUGAUUGGAAUAUCUGAAAAUUCCAUUACCUCUUUUUAAUUUUUUUUCUUAACGCUUCACCCCCUUAACCAUGCUGAACCACACUGGCUUGCUUAGGAUCUCAUGGAAGCAAUGCACAGGCAGUUCACAUUUUUGUUGUUGUUAUUGUUUUGUUUUGAAGGCUAAUCAUGGAACAUGGAAGAGAUGACUCAUUGACUGCACAGGCCAUUGUGCGGCAUGGCAGUCGCUGCAGUCUCAUCCUGUACGUAGGAUCUGUACCUGUUAUCUAUUGUAACUAGUGCAAUGGAGGGCAAACAAGCUUGACACAGAUAAGCUUUGGACAGCUGAAAAGCUACACUCUCACUUUUUAGGGCCAACCCCUAGCUGAUAAAUAUUGCCAUGUGGUUUGAAUAUAUGUAAGCAUCAAUUAAGUUCACCUUGUAACAUCUUUUGGGGAGGAGAUUAAAAUGCUAGUUAAGGGAAUAUCUACCAUGUGGCUUUUUGCGAGUUGGGAAACAGUCGAGUUCAAAGGGAUGUCUUAAAGAAUUGAAAAGGGUGAGAGAUAUUUCAGGAUCAAAAUCCUAAGGAUGAUGUGAGAGAAAGAAGGAGAGAUUGGUGCUUUUGCUGGUGUGUACAGGUUUUCUGUGUUCUUCCUCUUAGUAUCCUGCUGUUAUUCCUGCCAGUAUUGUACAUGUGUGAUUAACUAGCCUGUCAAAUCUAUCAACUGUUUGGAAAGUAUUUGUGUAAAUCUUUGUGCCAACAAGAACUCUUCCAUCGUUGUGUUUCUUUACCUCAUUGAAUUGGUUCUUGUGAGAUUGUAUCUUGUCUGACAAAAGCCAAGGUAAAGUCUGGUGAAACCUGCUGGAUCAGUUCUUUGAGCAGCUAGCCAAAGCAGGAGGUUCAACCGAGAAACCUUGGACAGCUUCAUGUGGAUUCUAGCAUGUGGACUUCAGAGGCAUAUUCUCUAAAGUUUUGUGUAGACUGAAGUUCACCUGUGGCUUUGACUCAUUUCUAAUGUGGUUUUAUUUGUUUCUUUACAGCUUUGUAGAAAUGCAAUUUUUAUACUAAAGACACUGUUCAUUUGUGAGUCAACACAUUACAAAAUUGGUGGGUUUUUUUGUAGUAGUUUUGAUUGUUUAGCUCACUGUAUUUAUUUUCCUUUACCUGUGUAUUCUGUGCCCUCAGAUAGAUGUGUACAACAUCGCCUGCAUUACAAAUUCUCUGAUCACAGAAUUGUACAUAACCCUGAGCCUAUGUACUGCUAUUUGAUUGUCAGGUUCCAUUUGUGUCAAAACCUAAAGGUAAUGAUGACCAAGUGAAACAGAGUGGUGUAUUGCUUUUUCAUAUGAAUAUUUUCACAUAAAAGCAUUUGUGAAAGCAGUUGAAAAUAUUACUUUGUUAAAAAAAUAAUUUUCUUCUUUGUUUAUUUUCUGAGUGUUCAUUGUCCAUUUUUUGUACCUAAAUGUGAUGAAAUCCAUGCCAUGUGCCCAAGGUUAAUGCUAAAGAUGUAAGGGGUUUUGAAUACACCACAUCUCAUUGUA